CAGUUCGGGAGCCGCUCAGGCCAUGCUGUCACAGCCGUGAGAGCAGCCCCGGCUCCCCGCGGCCCCGCCGCAGCCGCGCUCGAUGCACUCCCGCAUUAUCUUCACAGGGGUUUAUGGCAUCUGACUGUCAGCGCUCCCCUUGGGGUUCUCUGCCUCUUUUUUGCAGCAUCGUUACCAACUCCUUGACUUACUGCUUGGGGCUCGGGGACUGCAGGGCUCUGACACAAGAGAUCGCCUCUUUUUUCUGCUUUUUACUUUGGUUUUGUAUCCAGAAAUAAGAACCAAACAUGAACGAGAUAGUGGAGACCCUAAAAACGAUCCAGCAGAAUUACAAGCUCUUCCAGCAGCAGCAGUUCUCGUUUAUCAGAGCGCUGGAACGCACUCGGAAGGAAGCCCACGACACGUUCAGACCUGUGUCAUCCAUCAUGCAGGUGCAGUACUUCAGGGACCACCACUGCUACAAUUCCACGGACAGGCGCAUCCUCAGCAUGUUCAUCUCCCUCUGCAACGACCUGCGCAGCCUCUGCCACAAGAUGGAGACGGUGCACCCUGGGGACAGCGUCACCCACUGCCUCCUGGAGAGGUGCAAAGUGCUCCUCAACGACAGCAACGACUUCACUGCCAUUCGAGCCACCUACCCCCAUGCUGUAGUGAACUACCUGAGCUGGGAAGAAGCAAGAAAUCGCUAUGCAGGGGUGGUGAGCCUGCUCCCCAUCGUUCUAGACAACAUGUGGGAGUGGGUAACCCACAGUGAGACCAACCUGCUGCAGAACGAAAGACAAUGCCAGAGGUGCGGGUAUGAAGACCCCCGUUUGAACAAGAAACCUCCCUGGAUACCACCAGGCAAACCCCGCUAUUAAAGGAACAAAGCUCCUGCAUCAUCUCACACCUUUAACAGCCUGGAUGAUUAAAUACAAUGAAAUGAACACCAGAGAUCCAGCCUGAGUCCAUUUUCUGAAGAGUUGCCCUGCAGCCAGCCUGGGACAGAUGCGUUUUCUCUCCCUUGCUGGUAUUCCCUCUCUCCUCCUCAUGUCCCCACAGAAGGAGCUGUAGCCACAGCUGGUGCCUGGGGCCAGCACUGCAGUGGGAGCAGGGAACAGUCUGGACUCAUCAGGUUCUAAUCUAUCAGACAUGAGUCUUGGACAAGUGAUUUGGGACAGGAUUUACAUUUUCUCAGCCUUCUUUGUGAGGAACAUCCCCUCCCGGCCACAGCCAGAGGUGUGAAGAACCUGCCUGUCUGAAGGCUGUGAUGCCAAGGCCUGGCAUUAUGGAUUCAGACAUGUCUGUGACAUUUAGACUUGUCUCUAAAAUCCCCCCACCCUCCCAGAAAUAGUUUGGUUAGCUGGACCACAGCAUCGCUGUUUAAAAGACAAAUGUUCCACCCGCGGACACCCGCCCAUCAGCCUCCCCAGGAGCCCGCACCGCUGCCCCUGCCCGCCUCCCCCGGCCAUGCCCGGCCAGCCCGCGCC